AUGAAUCGACAUUUCAAUUCUUUUUUGCGGAGUGUUGUCGUUGUGAACCGCCGUCGGUAUGUAAGUGAAGCAGUGGCCACAACUGCCAAGGAAGGAAAGCGACGCAUCGCACCUAUAGAUGGACCUGGUCUCGAACAUUUCAUUCAACGAAGUCAUAGGACUCGACUUCCGAAGAUCUCUCCAACGAUGGAGGAGUCAAGUUCCUACCUUGAUCCUGCGGACCUGUCAGGACAAGGCCGUAAAGUGAAAUACAUCACCUAUGGAUGCCAAAUGAAUGUAAACGAUAUGGAAGUUGUUCGAGCGCUACUGAAAAGCAGUGACUAUAUUGAGACCGAAGAUCUGCAUGCAGCUGAUGUCGUCGUUCUUAUUACUUGCUCCAUUCGUGAAGGUGCUGAGGAAAAAGUUUGGCGUGAAUUGAAGCGAAUCCGAAACGUCGUUUCAAAACGACGCAGACCAGUAGUUGGUGUUCUGGGAUGUAUGGCUGAAAGAGUCCGGCAUGGUCUUCUGUCAAAGAAAGGAUUGGUUGAUGUUGUUGCUGGGCCGGAUGCCUACAGAGAUUUGCCUCGUCUGAUAGCUGUAGCUCGGGCUGGUAGUAGUGCGAUUAAUGUUCAGUUAUCCGUUGAGGAGACAUACGCCGAUGUUCAACCGGUUCGAGUGGAUAGUAACGCGAGGACUGCAUACGUG